AUGACUCGGGCUAAGAGCGAGAGCGACCGGGUGAUGCCUGGUCCGGACCAGGUUGACUUGGCAUCCCACGAUGAUGAUAGCGCGAGGGAGUCACCACGUAGGAGAGCUGGACCACAACUGAAGAAAGGCCCUUGGACACCGGCCGAGGAUGCCAUCUUGGAGGCGUAUGUUAAGAAGCAUGGUGUGCAGAACUGGAAUGUGGUGCAGAAGGACACCGGGCUGUUAAGGUGCGGCAAGAGCUGCCGUCUCCGCUGGGCAAACCACCUGAGGCCCGACCUAAAGAAGGGCACUUUCACCAAAGAGGAGGAGAACCUAAUCAUUAAGCUCCAUUCCAAAAUGGGGAAUAAGUGGGCUCGAAUGGCUGCCCGUUUGCCAGGGCGCACUGAUAAUGAAAUAAAAAACUACUGGAACACUCGAAUAAAGAAAUGCCAGCGCACCUCUACGCCUAUAUAUCCUGCUGAAAUAUGCCUACAGGCUUCAAAUGAAGAUCAGCAUGAGUCCGCUGACUUCAGUUUUAGCGAGAAGCUGGCCAAUGAUCUCCUCCAUGGAAAUGGUUUAUAUGAUCCCAGUUCAACGUGGGGCGAUUUCAUUGAUGACCAAGAAGCUUUGUCUUAUGCGCCCCAGCUUCCAGAUGUUUCUUUCAGCAAUUUACCUGGUCUGUACUUUGAGUCAACAAACCAUGGCUUCGUGGAUCAAGUUAACCAAGCAGAAGUUCUGAAAGAAUCUGAGAUUUCAUUUCCUUGGUUGAACGCGGCCAUCAAUGGUACCUUCGAUGGCAGCCAUGCCUUUUCAAAUGGCAACUUCUCUACUUCUAGGCCCAUGACUGGUCCCUGGAAGAUGGAGCUCCCUUCAUUCCAAUUUGCUGGAUCUGAUCCAAACAACUGGUCCGCAUACUCAAGGACCUGUGCUGCGCAGGGUGCCAACUUUGCUGAUCCCUGCAUGCGCUCAUCAGCGGCAAUGGCAUCAGCUAAGUUUGAGCACAUGUGCAUGAUACCAGGGAACAGCGGUCAGUUGGAAGAGCCGCUUCCAGAAGCUCAUGCAGUAAGCUCUGCAGAGAACCAGCAGCUGUCCGUGGGGAGUUCGAGUGCCUCUACUGGCUCACCCUGCGAUGCUAUGGUGGAAACAUCAGAGCUCCAUUUCUUGGAGCGAGACCCCAACCUGUACGCUCUUGUCAACAGCUGUUCGCCCGCCUCGCCUCUUUGCCAAGCAUCGCCUGAUGAGUUACCGUGCUCCGAUUUUUCAUCUGCAGCGAGCCCUGUGUUUGUAUCAGAUGAACCAACAAUCCUGCAAUACGAAAAAGGAUUUCUCUUGCCUCAUCCUGAAGAUUCCGGGGCAGACGCAUUCUCCCAUUGGAACGCGAUGCCGCCCAUCUUCCAGUGA